ACCACCCAGCUGCAGAGAUGAAUAACCAAAGAGUAACCUAUGCAGAACUGAAUUUGGCCAAGUCCGCCAAGAGACAGCAAAGAAAGCCUAAAGGCACUCAAAGCUCCAUUCCAGUAACGGAGCAGGAAAUAACCUAUGCAGAAUUAACUCUUCAAAAUGCUUCCCGGGAUCUUCAAGGGAGGGACAAGAAGGACCACUCCAAAGUUUCACCAUCACCUCCAGAGAGGCUCAUUGCUUGGAUCCUAGGGGUCAUCUGCCUUGUCCUGAUGUCCGCUGUGAUAACGAUAACUGUUCUUAACUCUACUCUAAUACCGGAGAAGGAUAAUUAUUUCCAAACAACAAGGAUUCAGAAAGCAUAUCAUUGUGAACUUUGUCCACUGGAAUGGUUUAUGUAUUCCAACAAUUGCUAUUACAUUAGCACUGAAAAUAAAACAUGGAAUGAGAGUGUGCUCGCCUGUGCUUCUAAGAACUCUAAUCUGCUUUACAUAGAUAAUGAAGAAGAAAUGGAAUUUCUGAGUUCCAUAUUACCUCCAUCAUGGAUUGGAGUUUUUCGUAGCAGCAGUGAUCAUCCUUGGAUGUUGAUAAAUGGUUCAUCUUUCAAACUAAAAAUAGCAGACUUACCAUCUGGUAAAGGGGACUGUGCUCUGCUACACCUAUAUGGCCUCACAUCAUGGAGUUGCGAAGCUUCAAAAAUAUAUAGCUGUAAGCAUAAGCUUUAGAGUUAAAACAUCUGAGUUUGGAUUCUGUUGGAUAACUUUAUUUUCAUGAAAUGGAAAUAAUAUUGUGAUUGCAUAUGUCUUCAAAUGAAUUAUAUCACUUGUUCUAAUAGUGAAAUAAUUUUCUAUAACAAUUAUUGGAAAAUAACAUACACAUCCAAAAGUGCAGAUAUUCAUUGCUGUUAGUGUCUGAUGUGUUUCGAUAAAUGUUGUGUUUGUGGCAUUCAACAUUUCUAAAUGAUCUUAUGUUGUGUGAGUCACUUUAAUGUGUUAUCAAGAAUAGGCCAACCCACAGAAGCAGAAAGUAGGUUAGCGGUUGCCAAAGGUUGAAGGGAGGUAGGUAACAAACUAAUGCUAAUUGGUGCACUGUCACUUUUGGGGGCUGGAUACUUUCCAAAUUUUGUUAGUAGUGAUGGUUGCAAACUCUGUUGAAUAUACUAAAAAUCGCUGACAUAUAUACUCUACAUGGAUGAAUUUUUUUCUUUGUAAAUUAAACCUCAAUACAGCUGUUAAAAAACACAUGAGGUUAUGUUAGGGACUGCAUUUAAACUUUAAAUAAUUUAUAAAGGUGUAAUUUUACAAUAUUGAUUCUUCCAAUCAAUAUCAUGCUUUAUCCCUCCAUGUAUUAGGCUUUCUUUAAUUUAUCUAUGUUUAAAAUUUUUCUAUAUUGAAGUCAAAGAAAUAUGAUUCUUCUAUAGUUGUGAUUUUGUAAAUGGUAUACUUAUUUUAAAAUUUCUUUAGUAAUUUUUGCUGCUUUAAACAUAAAUGCAGUUGAGGUUUGCUAUUGAUUUUUAUAUUAAUCCUAUCAUUUCAAAUAUACAUUCUUCUGCAUAGUAUAUAUAGACAGUUAUUUUAUUUCUUUUUCCCUGGUGCAAUUAUUUUCUUUUCUUUACUUAUUUUCAUAAGCUAGAGUUUUAUUUCCAAUAUUGAAUAGUAAGGUCAGUUAAAGUGUUGUAUGUGUCCCCUAUUUUCGGAGAACACAUUUAAAUACUUCAUCCUUAAGUAUGAGAUUUGUUUUAAAGUUUUUUCAUCAGACCUUUCUCAUAUAAAAGCAAUUCCAUAAUAUUGCUAUUAUUCUAAUAUAUUUUUAUAAUGAUGUUACAUUUUUAUUAUUUUUGUAUCAGUUGAAGUGAUAAAUGUUUUCUCUGUAUAAUGUUUAUGAAGUAAACUACCUUUAUUUCUUUUAAAUGUUAAACCAAUCUUGCAUUUCUGAAAUAAAACCACAAUGGCUAGUUUGUACUGUCCUUCUUCAAACUUCAGUGUAUAUAUUACACUUAGAUUAAGUUGUUUUUCUUACAUCCAGGUUCACAAAGAGUUUAGAAUGAGUUUUUAUUUGUUGUGUACUUGACAGGUUUUUAUGCCAAGGCUAUAUGAAAAGCAUUCCUUUUCUAUUUCCUGGAAGGCUUUGUAUAAGAGUUCUGUUAUAUUUUUAAUGUUAUUUUUCAUUACUGAUGCUGAAACCAAAAAUGUGGGUGUUUUGCGUCCCAUUUCUUGUCUCACGAAAAUCGAAGAAUGAAGUUGGAGACAAAAAGGAUUAAUGGAACCAAAGUGUAUUGAGAGAAGCCAGUCCUGGAAAAGGAGCAGCCAGGGUUCCAGGAGUAGGCCAGUGUCCGGAGCUUCCUCUCCAUGUUGCAGUCGGGAGUAGUUUAGUAUCCAAGCUAAUGAAGCUCUAUUAGUCCAUGUGCGGAGGCCGAUUCUCAUAUAUAAAAAGCCAGAGGCCAUCACGACCUAA